AUGCAGGAGGAGCGCUGCUGGGAUGAUAUGGAAUGUGGCCAGUUGCCUGCAGACACCCUCCGACAGGUGAAAAUCCAGCGUGACCCUGCCUAUGGAUUUGGCUUUGUGGCCGGAAGCGAGAGACCUGUGGUAGUGCGCUCCGUGACCUCAGGAGGGCCAUCUGAGGAUAAGCUCUUGGCAGGUGACCAAAUUUUGGCCAUAAACCACGAAGAUGUAAGUGACGCCCCCAGAGAGAAAAUCAUAGAACUUGUCAGAGGCGCCAAGGAGGCCGUGGUUCUUACAGUGCUACAGACUCAUCAGUCCCCCAAAUCGGCCUUUAUCAGUGCAGCCAAAAAGGCAAAGUUGCGGUCCAACCCCGUGAAAGUGCGCUUUUCGGAACACGUCACCAUUGGCGAGACUGAUCCAGACAUGCUGAAGAAGGAAGCUCUUCUUCUUAUCCCAAACGUGCUGAAGGUUUUCCUUGAGAAUGGACAGAUCAAGUCUUUCACGUUUGAUGGCCGAACCACUGUCAAGGAUGUGGUGAUGACCCUGCAGGAUCGACUGUCCCUGAGGCAGAUUGAGCAUUUCUCCCUGGUCUUGGAAUACUCCAGCCCUGAACAGAGCCAUAAGUUCCUCCUUCUGCAGGACAAGCAGCCCCUGGCCCAUGUGGUACAGAGGACACACUACCAAGGCAUGCGAUGCCUCUUCCGUGUCAGCUUCUUUCCCAAAGACCCCGUGGAGCUGCUGCAGAGAGACCCUGCAGCCUUUGAGUACCUGUACAUCCAGAGCCGCAAUGAUGUGAUCAGGGAACGAUUUGGGAUGGAGCCCAAGCCGGAAAUGCUGCUCGGCCUGACUGCCCUGCACAUUUACAUCACUGUUUCAGCCACACGGCCAAGCCAGAAAGUGUCUCUCAAAAACGUGGAGAAGGAAUGGGGCCUGGAGCCAUUCCUGCCCCCCUCACUGUUGCAAGGCAUCAAAGACAAGAGUCUUCGGAAGGCGCUUUCUCAGCAGCUGAAGGCACAUCAGAACCAGCCCCCCUGUGGCACCAAGAUCACCACCACCCAAGCCAAGCUCCACUACCUGCACAUCCUGAAUGAGCUGCCGACCUUUGCAGGCGUCCUGUUCAGCACUGUGGGACUGGAUGAGAAACAGCCAGCCACCACCCUCCUGGUGGGGCCUCGCCAUGGCAUCAGCCACGUCAUUGACCUGAAGACAAACCUCACCACCGUGCUCUCUGAGUUCAGCAAAGUCAGCAAGAUCCAGCUCUUCAGAGAGAACCAGGGCGUGGCCCGGGUGGAAACAAGCAUCCUGGAUGCCAAGCCUCUGGUGCUGCUAAUGGAAUGGCCGGAGGCCACCAACUUCACCUGCCUCAUUGCCGGCUACUGCCGCCUCCUGGUGGAUUCCAAGAGGAUGAUCUUUUCCCGGCCCACCAGUCAGGCACCACCACCACCGCCUCCUCUGAUCAAGGCAGAUGGCAGCACAUUCAUCAGCCCGCAGCCUCCUCCACCAGCAGGGCACCUGGCUAAGAAAGAGAGCAGGCUCCUGGGAGCCUGCCUCCCCAACCCCGGGUUGGGGCGUGGCCCUCAAGCUCCCCUGGCCUCCGACUCGGAGCUCGUCAGCUUUUGCUACCUGCACACACGGGAGCAGAAGGAAUGCAAGAGCAGGACAGACAUCAAUGAAAAUGUGAUCCUCUUCGAGGAGUCUCGGCCCCGGACCAAGUCUGACCCCACAUCCAAGAGGACUGGGCGAGACUGCAGCAGGGCCACCCAGGAUCAGGACCCAGAUGGCCUGGACCAGGAGCACCAGGCCAACCGAGCCAGGGCAUACACCAUGGAUGGCCACCAGGGGAGUCAGCCUCUGCAGCUGUACUGCGACUCAUGCAAGGCCAGAGUCCAGCACCAACAGCCAACCGCCCACAGAGGUGGCAAUCCUGGCCCCACACGGGACAAUGUGGUGGACCUGACAUCCCUCCCCCCUCCAGGGAGUGAUGAAGAGGACGACGAAACCACGGCCCUCCUCCCGGCCAUCGCUGCACCCCCUCCUGGUUUCCAAGACAACAGCUCCGACGAGGAUGACUCCAAGCGCCGGGCAGCAGCAGCAGCAAAAGGGCAAGAGCAAGGACGUCACCUCUGCGGCAUCCUCUACGAGGAGAUUCCCAUAACACUCAUAGACAGUAUGCAGACGCGGACAGUUCGGGACCACGCCCAGGACCUGGACGAUGCUCUGGUCUCUACCCUCCAGGCCCUGGAAGCGUUAGCAGCCUCAGAAGACAGUCCGCAUCCUCAGCCACAGCAGACAGCAGGCCUCAUCGUUCUCGCCACCAUCACGCCCGAGUCACCAAUGGACCCCAGCCACGAAACCACCUCCCCAGAGGUCCCCGAAGUCACUGAGAUUGUCGCAGCCAUGAAACAACACAAGAACGCUGCCUUCUUCCUGACUCAGCACCUCAACAAGGAAAGCCUCCUGGCCCAGAAGGAUCUCCCUUUCUGCAUUCAGGGCAGUAGGGCCAAAGAGCCACUGCAGCAUCCAGGCCCAAGCGCGUCCUCAAACCCAGCCCCCAACCCCUCCUGCGCUAGAAGCAAGUGGGAGCUUCCGCAGAGGGGAAAAGACCAUGCCCCUGCAACGCAGCCCUUGCCCUCCCAGCAGCUCAGUGAGCCCAACACCAUAAGGGCAGGCCCAGAGCCCAAGGGCUCCAGUCCCGACGGGGCAGCUGCGGGAACCCCACACACCACUGCCACUGCCCAGGGCAACAGCCAGCCAGAGAAUGGACUACAGGACAUGGGAGCGGCUCCUGCCACCAUUCCAUAUGCUGUGCAGCCAGUCAGCCACAGAGCCUCCCCUUCCUCAGCAGCAGCUGCCUCCUCUCUGACUGAAGGCGGCACUCCCCCCUGGGGUCUCAGCUGCAGGCAGCAAGCCAGCCCCCAGCCUUGCCUUUCGGGGAUGGCCACUGUGGGCCGGCUCCCCCCAAGCCCCCCCUGUUCCCAGAAGCAGCAAACAAGCAAUGUCUGCCAGUGGUGCCGAGGGCCCCAGGGCAGCGCAGCAGAGAGGGUCCCAGCAGCAGGAGAGGACAGACAGGUGCCCCAGAGCUGCCAGCCACUGGGAAGGCCGGAGGGGGCCAGGCUGCCGGGGGCCGGGCCUCCGGGGGCCGGGCCUCCAGGGGCUGGCGAGGAACUUGGUCAGAAAGGCCGGGGGGAGGCUGCCAGGCCAGCUGGCCAGAGAGAGACUGUUCUCGCCAGCCAAGGGGGAAAAGGACAGCACGAAGCAGGCACUGACAGCCGCAGGGCUGAUGCCAGCAACCUGAGGGACCCGCCUUCCAAAAGCCCACAGACUUUUGGUGGCUCCGGCAGCGAGGCUCUGAAGGAGAAGGUCCCCCCAGGUCCCCAGACCGAGGGCCCGCUCUCCAAUUCCGUGCUUUCAAAAAGGCUUGAAAAGGCUCCGGCCAUUAUGCCACCAGAUUCAGACCUCCCAGCUAAGCCCAAAGUGCCCAAAGCGUCAUUCCGGUUCAGGAACCUCAUUUCAGCCACUUUUCCAACACGGCUCAAGAGAGAGACGGACGAGCGACAGGCUCAGCUGCAGAAGGUGAAGCAGUACGAGCUUGAAUUCUUGGAAGAGCUCCUUAAGCCAAAGACUAAGAGACCCCCCGUAUCUCCAGACUGUCUGGACCCCUCAACCACAGGGCGCUGCACCUGCCAGCUCCGGACCAGCCCUGUGCAGAAAGUGCCAGGGAUGUCCAGGGAACAGAGGCGGAGCUGUGACUGCAAGCGGCUCAGCCGUGGCACCGGGGCCCGGCCCGGCCAGCCAGCAGCAUCAGGAUUGGAAAGGCAGGGGAGUGGGACAGAGCCGCAGCAGGCAGAAGGGCCAAGAAAUUCCAGCAUUAGAACCCCUCCAAAGGGCAGCCGGAUCAGGUCCACCAGCCUGGAAUCCAGGGAUUGCCGUUCUGACCCCGAGAACGGCCUGUCGUGCCUGACCACAUGUGCCUCUCCUGGGGAGUGCGUAGGAGCACCACCGCGCUACAAGAGGCUGAUGCGCCGCUACAGCGUCAGUGAAAUUGAAAAGAUGGAGCAAACCUCCCCAAGUUCUCUGGGCUAUCAGAGCCAUCAUUCAAGCAAGCAGAGAGAGAGGGACACCACAGCCCAGAUCCCUGCCUUGAAGGGAAAAGAGCCAGAGCCCCUCUCUGCAGCAGCAGACCCCUUCUAUGUUCAGGUGACUGAGCAGGACCAGAAGGGCAGUGCAGUGCUUCCUUUUCAGGAGGAUGUGUACCCAAGUCCCCCCAACCUGCCAGAGGAGGAUGCAGACGGGGAGAGGUGUUGCUCUUUCCGGUACUGCUUCUACUACAGGAAGUGUGACAUGGCUGACAACGGCAGCGAGAAAGACGAGCUGUCUUAUGCCAUCCCCAUGCAGGUUCUCCCAGAAGGGAAGCUCAGCCACCAGGCAAUCCCGGUCGUCAGCAGAACCCUCCAAGUUCUGGAUGCCACCGCCUGCAGCACUCCGGACAACCAGACCCAGGAGAUAGACCUGCGGACCUCCUCCUUUGAGGGCAGCCUGGCCAAGAUCCACGCCCUGAAGGGCCGCACCUACACCUGGCCCAAUGGAUUCCUGGCCGUGCAGCUUGACACUAGUGAACUCUUGACCAUCUUGCGGCAGUGCGUCAUAAGCCCCGAGAUCCAUGGAGGCAAGCCUCACCUCCCCCAGCUGACUGAGUACAAGCAAGAGUUGGCCCUUAAGUUCAAAGACUUCCGGGCCUCCUGCCGGAGAGUUGCUGCAGUCCACAAGAGCCCGACCCGCAUGCUGUCGGCAGUUAGCAGCAGCUUCCAGGUUUUGGGCAGCUUGAUAGAGACCUUUGUGCGGCUGGUGAACGUGGUGCGCUCAGAGUCUCAGCGCUACGCGCUCUUAGCCAAAGUCGAAGAGAUUGUGAGGAACUACACUUUCUUGCUGAGAGCGGCUGAGGAAUCCACUGCCCGAACGAGCCACCGAGGGAACCAGGAAGCUGAGCAGCUGGGCCGCCAAUCAGUGGCCUCUGUAGUGAACACGCUCACACGCUCCUUGAAGAUGCUGAUGAACAAAUAA